AUGAAAUUGGCAGUUUAUGAUGUUUUGGAUCCAACUUAAGAUCCAUAUAAUAGAGUUAAAUUAAGAAGUGUUGUCUCUAUUGAAUAAGAAUGUUUACCAUCAGCAUGUAUUUGGUAUCCAAUCAAUUUAUAAAGAGAAGAUGUUUUAUUAACAACAAAUAGUGAAUUUAAAUUAAAAUUAUGGACAGUUUUAAAAGAUCUUCGUAUUAUUUGUAAAAAGACUUGUUUAGGUCCAACUUUUGGUGGACAUAUCAAAAGAUUAUUAUUAUUAAAUCCAAGUGAUAUGAAAAAUGAAUAUUAAGAUAAAUAUUUAGCCUAUUCUACAGGUGAAAAAGUUGUUGGUAUAAUUAAAUUACCUUUAGAUGGUAAUCCUAAUAAAACUAUGGGUUUGAUUGCACAUCCUGAGAAAAUUGUUGAUUUAUCAUCAACUUAAGAUGGUAAAUUAUUUUUUACAUCUGGUGGUGAUGAUUUUGCAAUUAAUAUUUGGAGUGUUGAUUUUGCUGCUUUAGAAGAUAAUUUUUAAACAUAAGAAACAGAAUAUGAAAUAUUUUCAAAUUUAUUAGAUGGAGGACCUGAAGGAUAAACAUUAAGAGAUUUAAAAGACUUCUUUUAUUAUAGUCAAAUUAGAUCAAAAGAUGAACAUACAACUAAAGCUAGAAAAUUAGAUGGUCUAGUUCCAUUAACUGCUAUUGCUGAUAUGAUGAGAUCUAUGGGAUACUUUCCAACAAAUUAAGAAAUUGAAAAUAUGAUAAAUGAGAUUAAAUUUUCAAAAUAUCUUGAAACAGGUGAAUAAAUAUCAGAAUUAGAAAUUAAUACAUUCCUUAAAUUAUAUGUUAAUCAUAAACCUGUAAAUGGAGUUACAAAAGGAUAAAUAUAUGAUGCAUUAAAAACACUUUCAAAUGACUCAGGAGUAAUGCCAUGGGAUUAAUUUACUGAAUUAUUAAAAACAAAAGGUGAAAAAUUAGAUGAAUAAGAAAUUGAAUGUAAUAUUAAUAUUUUAUUAUUAUUUUAGAUUAUUUGGAAUCAUUAAUGCCAAAUAAAAAUUAUCCAUAAUAAUUACAUUUGAAUAAUCUUUGUGAUGAUUUAUUAGGUUUUGAAGAUAUGGAUGGUACUUAAGAAUAGUAAGAGUAAUAAGAAGAAGUUUAAGAUGUUGGUUCUGAAGACGAAUAGUAGUGA